UAUUUAAGAAAGUCGAUGCCUUUUUAGAUGAUGUUCACGGAAGUUUACGAUUAAAGAAUACGUUACCACCGAAUAAACAACAUGCUGGAGAUGUUUGCAGCAAAUCCUUAAAUAUCAAAUGCGAUAGAUUUUACAAGUACAGAACGUUGAACGGUGUGUGUGAGAACGUGCACCAUCCAUCGUGGGGAAUGACACAUACACCGUACACUCGUUUGCUAUCUGCUCUCUACAAAGACGGUAUAUCUGAAAUAAGAACACAAAAAAGUGGAAACUCUUUACCUAGCUUGAGAGUUUUGACUACAGAGUUUUUUUCAAAUGAAAAUAUCGUGGACUCAGAGCACAGCGUGGCCCUAUCGGCGUGGGGUCAACUCUCAGCUCACGACCUACAUCUAUCUAUGUUCCAGAAUGGGCCCAGUUGCUGUACUGAUGACAGUAAGCCGUUAAAUAAGGAAUUCAAUAACUGUCUGGCGAUUGUGAUACCUGCCAAUGAUUUGUUCUACUCGGCUUCUCAUACAGAAUGUUUAAAUAUAAAACGAUUGGUAAACACUGAGAACAUCAAUUGUUCUAUCAAGCCUGCAAUUCCAAUAAACAACAACACUGCUGCGUUAGAUGCAUCUUUUGUCUAUGGAUCGACAGCGGAGACCAACAAGCUAAUUCGAGAGUUUAAAGAUGGGCGAUUAAGAGUAGAAAAUAUAAAUGGCCGCGAUUUCCCCCCCAACAUGAAAAAUUCUGGGAACCGUUGCGCUAAAAAUUCAAAAAUCUGUAUGCUAACCGGCGAUGUCAGAGGAAAUCAACAGCCUCUUAUUCAAUCAUUGCAGGUGCUAUUUCUUAGGUUACACAACUGGAUGGUUGGCAAUUUAAAAAAAAUUAACACCCAUUGGGACGAUGAGAAGCUGUAUCAAAAGGGCCGUCUUAUUAUUAGCGCGAUUGUACAACAUAUUACAUACAGACAUUAUUUGCCCAUUAUAUUAGGUAAACAAUACAUGGAUUCAUUUGGACUAGCUACCGUAUCCGAGGGUUACAACAAUGUAUACGACUCAUCGUUAGACAUCCAAAUUUCAACUGAAUUCGUCGCAUGUGCGUAUAGAAGUCUACAUAGUAUGAUACUGGAUGAAUAUGAAUUGCUCGAUUACACCCAUAGUGUUGUUGGUACAUGGACACUUAGUGAUACUUAUGACGAUACAUCCAUAAUCUUACAAGGAGACCACUUCGACCAAGUAAUAAUGGGAAUGACACAUCAACCAAUGGGUAAAAUGGAUCUCAAUUUCCCAAUGUCUACUUCAAAUCUACUGUUACAAAAAAACGGCGUGGGUUCGGACUUGGCAGCGACCGAUAUUGGAAGAGGCAGAGAUACCGGCUUGAAGUCGUAUCCUCAUUUCAUUAAUAUGGUCGGAUUGGGUUACCCAGAGAGUUGGGAAGAUUUGGAAGAAACAAUGGAUAGAGAUAUAGUAAAACGUUUGAGAUUGUUUUACGACACCGUCGACGACGUGGAUCCAUUCUUAGGCGGAAUGCUUGAAAAUCAAGUCGAAGGAACGAUGUUUGGCCCUACAUUUCUAGCAAUUAUUUCUGAACAGUAUUAUCUUUUGCAACGUGGAGACCGACAUUACUAUGAGCUCGGAGAUCAACCCCAUUCUUUUACAUUAGAACAACUGAGAGAAAUUAGAAAAGUGACGUUAGCCACGGUGUUUUGUUUGUGCGGUGAUAACAUACAACUAAUGCAGCAGGAUGUCUUCAGAACCAUUUCAGAAGAUAACCCAUUGACACGUUGUACAGAAAUAAUUGGCGAUUUCUCGUUGAAACCCUGGGCUAGAAAAUAAUGUACGAUUUACGAAGCCUUGAAAAACUACUAAUUUUACUAAUGUAAUCUACAAAUUUUGCUUCAAUUUAUAAAAAAUAUACGUUAAAUAUAAACAUGUAUGUAUAGGAAAAAAUAUAUUAAGGAAAUACUAAAAAUAUGCAG